AUGACAACCACCCCACCGCAACAACCUCGGGUUGAUGCGCGCAUUGCUGCGCUGUGUGGACCAGGCAAGGACGUGGUGCGGCCGUCCGCCGUGUUUGUCUUGAACAAGGAGGAUGGCGACGAUGAUGCAGCUAUCAUCGUGUGCGAGCGCAAAGCCAGCACACUGCAGUUCUACAGGUCGCAAGGAGCCGGCAACACCGUUGCCACCCUGGAUGACUCGCUCACCUUGACCGACGUGGACGGCUUCUUUCCAAUCUCCGAUACGGCAUUUGCGUACCAGAAAGGCCAGGAUGUGAAGUUGUACGACUUUGCGACCAAGGAGACAUCGGACGUGUGUACAUUGCCUGCAAGAGCCUCGGAGGUCUGCAUCACUUACUCCGUGGACGCCGGUGCCACCGUCGCCUGCUUCCAGCCCGACGAACGUUGCAAGGACGCCCCGCUUGUGCUGCCGUGUGAGCCUGCCGCCAAGACCCUCCUCGCCCAUCGGCCGCUCGCGGGAUGGGCCACCGUCUGCGUCGUCCCAGAGACGGCAGAACGCCUCACCAUCGCAAGCGACGGUCGCCUGUGUGCGUAUGCGGUCAUGACGAAUGUGAUUCCCGAGGAAGCAGAGAGGGGCGAAGUCGUCAUAUGCCGCCUUGCUCCCGCCGCCACCCCGCACCAGGCACGUCGCGUCACGGCUGAUGCUGGACGCGUUGGGGAGGUUGUAUUCACGCACGAUUCUACGGCCAUCCUCUACACGGCGAACUACAGCGAGAAGCGGCCCAUCACAACACACUGCCCGCUGUUCGCGUGCCCGAUCAAGAGCGCCCUCAUGGCGACAACAGACGAUGACCGCAUUCUCCUCUCCCCACAGCAGACACACGUGCAGCAGCUGGUGCAGGGCGUUGCGUCCUCUUCAAUCCUCAUCACUCUCAUCGAAGGCGUCGCCGAGCGCUCCCUCUACCUUGCCGACUGGCGGCAUCCAGAGCAGGCGGCUGAGCUGCUUGCACCGGCCACGACACCAUGUGUUGCUGUCACAGCAGGUGAUGACACCCGUCGCCUCUGCUUCAUCUCAGAGAGCCAUCGCAGGUAUCCGCAUGUGGUGUGCGUGGAUGCGGCCAAGGGAAGCGUGGCGCGCGAGGUUGAUUUGCCGCACGAUGCGGAGUUUGAUGACAUUCGUGUGGACAUCGUCUCGUACACAUCCCAUGAUGACACCGCCAUGGAGAUGCUGCACUGCUACACUGCAGAGACAAAGGCUGAUGCGUCGCUGCUGGUGCAUGCACACGGCGGCCCAGCUGUUGCUUUCACCGCCCACCGCACCGCUGCUGCCAGCAACGUUCGCUACCCAUACAGGCAGCUGCUCAAGUCUGGCUACCGCGUGAUUAUGCCUCUCUUCCGCGGCACUCUUGGCUAUGGCGACAAGUUUGCACAGGCAAACAUUGGCUGCCAGGGACGCCACGACUCUGAUCUUGGCGACAUCCUUGCAGCCAUCCAGGCAAUGCGCAAGUCUGGAUUUGCGUUUGAGGAUCGCAUUGGCAUUUUCGGCGGCUCCUACGGCGGGUACAUGACGCUGCGCUCCCUCGCCAUCACAGACACCUUCAAGGCUGGCGUUGCCAUGUACGGGUUUGUGCAUGGGCGGUUCAUGUCGCUUGAGGGGGGCGACUUCACGUGGGAGGUCACGUGGGAGGACGAGUAUGUUGGCAAGCAGGCGUGGCCAAUCACAGACGCAACCAUCGACAGCGACGUGUUCCACCAACUCGGAAACAUCACCGCGCCAACGCUGCUGUUGCAUGGAGAUGAGGAUGACAUCUGCCUCAAGUCGUCGUCUCUCGUCGCUUACCGCGCCCUCCACACGCGUGGCAUUCCAACAGGCUGCAUCAUCUAUCCUGGAGAGGGUCACGGGUUUGAGAACCCCGUGUACCAGCGAGACCGCGACCUCCGCCUGCUCAAGUGGUUCCUUGCGCACGUGCCACCGACGCCUGCAUAA